AUGGGUCGAAAACAGUGUGAAACAUCAAAAUCGCAGCGAAAAAUAAUUCUACACCUGCAUAACCAAGGCAAAUCUUACGCAGAAAUCGGUGAAAUUAUGGAGCGAAGCCGUUUUACAAUACGCAAUGUAAUAAAGCGCUACACAGGAUCGACAAACUUUGAAAAUGCCGAGCGAACUGGCCGUCCUCGAAAGCUUUCCACUCGGGAAUGCGCCCAAAUCGUACGAAAAGUAAAGAGUAACCCCAAAAUUACAUCGACCCAGAUUACAGCAGAGAUUAAAGAAGCCUUUGGUAAGGAUGUUCACAGCAAAACA